CUGGCCAUGAUGGAAAUUAUGCGCAAUUUCACCUAAUUUACAGCGCUGCUUCAGGCACCAAUUGCCGCCUAGAAUGCGGCGAUCUGCGCAAUUGUCUUCCCUUUUGCCAAUGUGCAUGCACCCUUUUCAAAUUCAAAGUCGAGUUCUGGCUUUCAAGGAGUGCUAAAACAGCAGAUGUUUCUUCUGAUCCUGCUUCUUUCCUGCUGAGCUCGCAUGGGGUGCGUCCAACCGUCUAAGGCUGACGCUCCUGACGAAACUGCUCAAGUCAGCACCACUUCUGCCAAGCCCAAAGCUGCCCCGGAGGUCUCCACUUCUGCUCCCAGAGUUGAAAGUCCCGUGGAAGAGAAGAAGGUGGUGACAGUGUCCAGCUCUACCCCUGCAGCAGAGACUGCGCCCCUUUCUGUGCCCGUGUCUGCGACUCCCUCCAUUGCAGCACCCACAAUUUUGAGCACGCCAGCAACAAUGGCCAGCAACGCCAAGGUCUACAUUGUAUAUUACUCCACGUACGGCCACAUUGCCAAGUUGGCUGAGGCGAUCAAGAUGGGAGUUGACUCGGUAGAUGGCGUAGAGGGUCACCUCUUCCAGGUCCCCGAGACCCUUCCUGAGGAGGUUCUGGAGAAGAUGCACGCGCCUCCUAAGCCCGAUAUUCCUAUCAUUGACCCUAAGAAGCUAACUGAAGCUGACGGUCUGAUUUUCGGCUUCCCCACCCGGUACGGUAUGAUGGCCGCCCAGUUCAAGGCCUUCCUCGACGCCACCGGCAGCCUCUGGCAGACCCAAGCUCUCGCGGGCAAGCCUGCCGGGAUCUUUGUGGCGACCGGGACCCAGGGCGGCGGUCAGGAGACCACCGCAUUGACCGCAAUCACGCAGUUGGCGCACCACGGCAUGAUCUUCGUCCCGGUGGGGUACAAGUACGGCCCGUCGCUGUUUGACGUGAACGAGGUGCGGGGGGGGUCGCCCUACGGUGCGGGCACCUUCGCUGGGGACGGGAGCCGUCAGCCAACCAAGACCGAGCUGGGCCUAGCCGAGUUCCAAGGCAAGCACAUUGCUGAGGUCACGCUGAAGCUGGCAGCCAAGCCUGCUAUCUAGGCGAGGAUCUCCUCAGCGUCCAGUGUGAAUAUGCAAGCUGCUGAGCACUGCAGAAAAAACGCAAGGAUCUGCAGCACUUUUGAGUAGAUGGCUGUUGGCAAUCUUAGGGUAGUCUGCUGUCAAAAAGGGCUCUUGGCUGGUCACCAACCAACAGCUCUGUUUUGUGACAAAUGCACUUCCAUUAUCAUAUGCUUAAUUCUGUUCAGUAGUUUUGCUCUUUUGUCGUGCGAUCAGCGGCUGUAUCCUGAGCACCAUAGGACAGGUUGGUGCAGCACUCAAAGACUAUAUCAGACAGCUGCAGCCUGCUCUUAGUGGAUAAGCGAUUGGGAUGUUACAGUGACCCCGUCAGUGGGUGACUGUCAUUGAUCCUUACAGCACACGCAUGAGCCUAUGACAGGCAGUCACAUCCAUCAUUGAUUUUCGCCAGAACUUUUUCUGCGUGCAUUGAGUCAUAAUGUGCAAC